AUGUCAUACGAUAGAGCUAUUACUGUAUUUUCACCAAAUGGUCAUUUAUUCCAAGUUGAAUACGCACUUGAAGCUGUAAGUAAAGGACUAGUAUCUGUUGGUGUUAAAGGAAAGGAUUGUAUUAUUUUUGGUGUUGAAAAGAAAUCAAUUGCCAAAUUACAAGACCCAAGAACAGUAAGAAAAAUUCAACAAAUUGAUCAACACAUUUAUACUACAUUUGCUGGAUUAACUGCAGACGCUCGAGUAUUAAUUAAUAAGGCAAGACUUGAAGCACAAAAUUAUCGUAUGUCAAUGGAAGAUGCUCCAACUGUUGAAUAUGUUACAAAAGCAGUUGCUAAUUAUCAACAAAAAUAUACUCAACAAGGUGGAAGUCGUCCAUUUGGUAUUUCUACUCUUAUUGGAGGAUUUGAUCCUGAUGGAACUCCAAGAUUAUAUCAAACUGACCCAGCUGGAACAUGGACAGAAUGGAAAGCUCAUGUUGUUGGAAGAAAUUCAAAAACUGUUGAUGAAUAUUUAGUAAAAGGGUAUGAAGAUAAUAUGGAAAUAGACAAAGCAGUUGUAGUUGUUGUUCGAGCUCUUUUAGAAGUUGUUGAAAGUAAAAAUAAUAUUGAUGUUGCUGUUUUUACAAGUGAUUAUAAAUUAACAAUGUUAAAUGAUACUAAACUAGCAGAAAUUGUUCAACAAAUAGAAAGAGACAAACAAGCUGAAGCAGAAGAAAAGAAACCAAUUCUCCAAUAA